AUGGCAGCGCGCUCCUCCGGCCCGGAGAAGUCCUCCAGAAAGGAGCGCAGCCGCAGCCGCGAAAAGACGCGGCGGCGUUCCCGCGGCGCGGCGCGGCCGCGGGAACGAGGCGAUCGAGAGCGCGAACGCGGCCAAAGAGAGCGCAGCCAGCGGGAGCGCAGCCAACGAGAGCGCAGCCGGCGGGAGCGCAGCCGCCCACCCCAGGAGCCUCCAGCGAGGAGGCCGAAGGUCGAGGUCGCCGCCUGCGGACUCUACGAGUUGGUGAUGGAGGUGCUGCGACGGUGGCGCGAGGCCUCCGAAGACGACGUCUCCGACGAGCGCUUCGAGAAUGCCAUCAACGUGGUGCAUGAGCAAAACGUCAUGAGCCCGAAGGAGCAGGACAGAGUGGCCGGGGAGCUCGCGGCACCCCGGCCCCGGCGGCGGAGGGGGCGGAACGAUCGAGGUCCGACCGCCAAAUCUGCCCGGAGCCCCUGGGUCCCCGCGGCGCUGCAAGAGCUGGAGAAGCGCAACUUCAGGAUGAUCGAAAACUUGCGAGCUGCUGCUCUCAAAAACAUCGUUCGAAUCCCUGAGGCUGUGCCGGAAGCUUCUGGUCAGGAACCCUCGGACGCGCCGGAAGAGGUGGAGGCGGAGGAGCACAUGGCCCCAGAGGAGGCCAACUAA